CCAGAUCAGGCCACAAACAGAUUCACACUUCGGACACAUUCCCAGGCUUAGGGUUUAAGUUCGAUUUUUGACCGCUCUCCAGUCUCCAUCAUCCACCCUCGGGCAAUUCCUCGCGGUAGCUCUUUCAGCCAUGGCGAAAAACAGGAACAAGAAGAAGAAGGCUGGCGCUGAUUCCAUGGACACGACGGAACCUACUGUCUCAGAUUCCGCUCAAGCGAUGGACACGUCGGAGCCUGGAGCUUCCAGACCUGCCGCCGGUGGCCUCAAUAGAAUACAGAAGGGAAGGCCGAUGAAGAGAUCGAAGAACGUUCGCAAGAAGAAAGCCCUGGAAAAGGCCAUCUCCAAGACCGAGCAGUCCUUCGAGAAAGUUGCCAAGUCCGAGAACAAGAAGCAAAGAACUCAAUCUGCCAAACAGCUCUAUGACUAAGUAGUAGUAUAGAUCCAUACACAUUGAAAUGUAUCAGAAAUCAGCAUAUUCCACAUUCAAUUUUGUUCUGCCUCUCACCAUAUCUGUAGUUUCGAAUCCCUUCCGUAAGAUUUUGCACAAUCAAGCACAAGCUAUUUCCCCCCAGAUUAUACAUUACGGCAGGAAAUUGACAAGCAACCACUACUCAGAAGUC